AUGGAUACGGCUCGUGGAGAGGGUAAAGAAGCUAAUGGAUGUGAGAGUAGUAAGGCUAUUGUUAGUCUAAAAAGCAGUGAAAUUGAAGAUCAAAUCUCAGAGGAAGAAGAAAGUGAGUCACAAUGUUUAUUGCCUCCAAGGAAAGGAGGAAUGUCGAGGAGUACUGAUAAGAUUAAGAGGACUGUGCAGUGGAAUGAUAAUAAAGGAGACAAUCUUGCUGAGGUUUUAGUUUAUGAACCAAGGUAA